AUGAUGGACCGCAACAGCCUACACUGGGUCCAUAUGCGAGAGGCGCCAUUAUCACCAUCCCAGCUGGAUGGCAACAAAGGCCCGUUACAGCUGGCGCCCCUCAUCGACGUGGUCCUGGGAUUUGCAGAGGAUCAAACCUUGCCGAGCUCUGCGCCCCCUCUCUCUCUCUCUGUCUCUCCCUCUCGCCAACCUCUCCCGGCCACUGGGAAUAGCCGUGAGAUUGACGCCAACAGACACGUCCCCCGCACCCGCGCACUCCACACGGUAAGACCGAACUUUACGCUCUUCUCGCCGCGUUUUAAACUUUGCGCCACCGAGUUUCACGCGGAACAGCGGUCGGUCUGUCUGUCGGGCAGCGGCUGUGAAGGUGCAGGCGGUCGGUCUGUCUGUCGGGCAGCGGGCGGGGAGAUGGAGGACGAGGCGCCCAAGAAGAAACACCGGCGUAACAGGACCACGUUCACCACCUACCAACUCCAUGAGCUGGAGCGCGCCUUCGAGAAGUCUCAUUACCCCGACGUGUACAGCAGGGAAGAGCUGGCCAUGAAGGUCAACCUGCCCGAGGUGCGGGUACAGGUCUGGUUUCAGAACAGGAGGGCAAAAUGGAGGAGACAGGAGAAGAUCGAGGCCAGCACCAUGAAGCUGCAUGAUUCUCCCAUGCUGUCCUUCAGCAGACCACCAAUGCCCAGCAGUGUUGGUCCCAUGAGUAACUCCCUGCCACUGGAUCCCUGGCUGACAUCCCCCAUCUCCAACGCAACCUCCAUGCACAGUAUUCCCGGCUUCAUGGGGGCUCCGCAAGGCUUGCAGACCCCGUACUCUGGCCACUCCUUCCUAAACUCCCCACUGCCAAUGGCCCAGACCAUGCAGUCCUUGGCUCCUCCAACCUACCAAUGCGCAACGACAUUUGUGGACAAAUAUCCUUUGGAAGACACAGACCAGAGAAGUUCCAGUAUUGCAUCUCUACGGAUGAAAGCCAAGGAGCACAUUCAGUCCAUUGACAAGAGCUGGCAACCAAUUUGAUGGAACAAUGAAAAAGGGACAGACUAUUCCAUCCAUGUGGGGGUGUUGUUGUGAUCUGUGACCUCCAGCUUCACAGUGACUAUGUAAAACUAUGGACCACUUGUCACACUAGCAAUCCCCGCAUCUCGAAACCUAUUGGCAAAACCAGCCUCAUCUGAGAUACAAUAACACAACAAAAUGGUGACUGGUCUUAGUUACAAACCAAAGGAUGAAAUUUUAUCUUUUGAUGAAUUAAAGUGAUCCUUCCACGCUGAGGGUAAAUGCCCCACAUUCCACAGCUUGUCACUAAUGUGAAGCUAUAGCGAUAUGUUGUCUUCCAUUCCCAUCCCAAUGUAGAUCUAACCAGAUGUUUAGAUAAGGUGCGAUUAUUGGUUUUACACAUUGUUGAGAAACCUAGGCAAAGGACCCAAGGUCCAGCGUGCAGGACACUGCCAGGGUCAUCAAGAGUAGGAGAGGAGAGGAGAUGAGCCAAGACAUAGAGAGUAGACGGAUGAUACCAAGAUUGAUUGAUUUCUAAAGGCUUGUAGAAUGAGAAGUCGCAUAAUACGAUCGUAGCACAGAUGAAGAGCUGUAGCAGAUAAAAUUAAGUAUCUUGAUUUCUGUGCAAGCUGAUGCAACGAGGAUCUUACUUGUCAUGGUGUCUUAUAGAUUGCUUCAAAAGCACCUCAUUGCUAGAUAAAAAACUGUCAACGUUAGUCAGCAAGAGGCCAUGUACAGGUCUUGCUCAUUGGGGCCAACAUUUGACAAGGUGAAUAAAUUCUGCUUUUGAAACUCGACCAAUAGGUGUUCUAGAAUAUUGGUCAAUUAUGUUGUAAUAAAUUCUAUACUAAAUCAGCAAAGUCAUUGUACCAUUGAU